GUCCAUAGCCCGUCUCUCAGCGAGCUCGCUUUACUCCUCGACGUCCUCCCACCCACCCAACUGCUGCGAUGCUCAUCAAGAAGACGUACUACGACGUUCCUUCCAAGGUCGACCCCAAGGGCGGCAAUAUCAGGAUCUUCGUGAUCUCGCCCAACGUACCGGCAUAUCCUCAUGCCAAGUUUCCAGGGGUUGUAUGCUUCAGUGAGAUCUACCAAGUGACUGGACCUGUAGAGCGGUUCGCAGGCCAGAUUGCAAGCCAGGGAUACGUCGUUGCCUGCCCGUCUAGCUUUCAUGAGUUCGAGGGCCCUGAGCCGAUUCCCUAUGAUACCGAGGGAACGGAUAGAGGCAACAAAUACAAGGUCGAGAAGGAGCUGGCUGCAUAUGACGAGGAUGCUACCGUCUCAAUCGACCUUCUAUGCUCUCUGCCCAACUGCACUGGACGGAUAGCAGCUACCGGCAUGUGCCUCGGAGGUCAUCUCGCCUUUCGAGCCGCCUUCGAUCCCCGCGUGCUCUCUGCCGUCUGCUUCUUCGCCACCGACAUUCACGGUGCAACGCUCGGAAAGGGCGAGAACGACGAUUCGCUCGUGCGCGUGCGCAACGGCGAACUGACCGGAAAGGGCGAGCUUGUAAUGAUAUUUGGCAAGCAGGACACACACGUUCCGCGCGUUGGACGAGAUCUCAUUAGAAAGACUCUCGAAGAUGCCGACGUAACUACGUCGUUCCUCGAGGUGCAAGCUCAGCAUGCAUUCAUUCGUGACGAGUCCUCCAAGGAUCGAUGGGAUGCUGCGCUCACAAGGAACCUGUUCGGCUUUAUGACGGAAGUCUUUGAGCGGACGGUGGGGAGGGAUCUUGGCCCAAAAGUGGACAGUAGGGCUGUCAUCGAACACGUCUGCUAGAUAUUCCAUUGUGAUCUCUUAUGUUGUUGUCCACAAUGUACCAUGCCGUCGAGCUCGUCUCAUGUUCUCACGUUGAAUCAGGUCAAUUUUCCUCCAAAGAGCGCAUCAAAUAUUCUAUCGAUACAAACGAUGUUACUUC